UUUUCUUCUCUGUAAUAAUUAUUGAACAUCAUUAGCUCUGUCCCGGAUAGCUUAACGCGUUUUAAUGUAACGUUACCAUGCGUGUGAGAACGAUAUUGUACAGUAGUGGUUGUAGUCGGAUAUUACUCCACGCUUGAACCAGCAGAUGUCCUCAGCGUGCAUCGUUCGAGCGAAUCAUUUGGGUUCAGUUCAUUCGAAAAUCACUGCUGACCGCGAUACUACAGUGCAACAUGAUUCAUUCCCAUCCCGCAACCAAACCCAGCUGCACCGGCAUCGAUGAUUGGCCACUGAAAACGUCAGCUGGCGACUCCUGCAUUUUCAUUGGUUAGCGGUGUGUAGAUCAAAUCCGGCGCUGAGAUGUCGUUGGUUUCUUUUCAGUGACGCCGUACUCGGUGAAUUGCGGACAGCACGAGUGUUUGGGAAGCAUAAAGCGAUGGAGAAGCGGUUACAAAAUGUAUCAUGCAUUCCUCUCCGUUUAAUAUGAGCGUUUGCACUCGAAAGAACAGCGACGUUUAAGUCAGUUUUUCUCAGUUUUUUUUGUUUAGAUUAUUACGAGAUUGCACAUCUGUUUUGCAACGCUAGUUUUCAGAUUGUAUUACAUCGGGAAGAACUCUGAUGUCUUUUACAUGUUUCUUGGUGUUUUUCAACCGAAAACGCGUGUGUCUGGGUUUAUACCAUCACUCGAAAUAGAUCUAGCGGUUGGACGCAUAUUUUAGGUGAAAAUGUGGGAUGUCGGAGCUUCAAACAUCUGGCGAGAGAAGGAUGUGUAUCUGAAUCUAAGCGUAUGAUGGUGUGACUGAUGCCGCAUCAUUUAAUUCAAAUAAACCGCAGAGGAGAACCAAGGGUCUGCCUCCAUGCUGAGAUGUAUGCUAGUGACCUGUCCCAUAGGGUGAGCUUGCUCUUUACCAUGUAACUGCAAAAAGAAGAAUGCUUUAUUCCUCCACUAGUCCACCUGUGGCUUCAGGGGAACCUAGCGCCACCCUGCACCCCACGCCCAAGGUGCUGACCCAGCCAUCAGGUACAAGAGCCAUGGAGAAUUCCUCUGCUAAAGUCAACAGCUCGCUAGAGUUCUGGACUCUAUCGGAAUACAUAACGCCUUCAACUGUUUGGCAGGACCCUGAUCAGGGUCUGAACCUGCCCCUCCAGGUGUUCUUCUCCCUGGUCAUCAUCUGUGUGCUGCUGCUCGCCUUCCUCGGAAACAUGGUGGUCUGCCUCAUGGUUUACCAGAGAGCCGCUAUGCGUUCUGCUAUUAACAUCUUGCUGGCCAGUCUCGCCUUUGCCGAUAUGAUGCUAGCAGUCCUCAACAUGCCCUUUGCAUUAGUCACCAUGUUGACCACACGCUGGAUCUUCGGAGAGGUGUUUUGCCGCGUGUCAGCCAUGUUCUUCUGGAUGUUCCUGAUGGAGGGAGUGGCUAUUUUGAUGAUCAUCAGCGUGGACCGCUUCCUAAUCAUCGUGCAAAAGCAGGACAAACUUAGUCCACGAAGGGCCAACGUGUUAAUUGGGGUCUCAUGGUCUCUAUCUUUCUGCUUUUCUUUCCCGCUUUCCAUUGGUCAUCCUGCCCUGUACAUUCCCCCCAGAGCACCACAGUGUGUUUUCGGCUACACAGUGGAGCGUGGUUACCAUGCUUACGUGAUGCUCAUUAUGCUGAUGUUCUUCUUUGUACCAUUCCUGGUGAUGCUGUACACAUUCAUGGGCAUCUUGAGUACUCUCCGUCACAACGCGCUGCGCAUCCACUCUCACCCCGACUCGGUGUGCCUCAGCCAGGCCAGCAAGCUGGGUCUGAUGAGUCUGCAGAGGCCCUUUCAGAUGAAUGUUGACAUGAGCUUCAAAACACGUGCCUUCACCACGAUCCUCAUUCUAUUCUCAGUCUUCACUGCAUGCUGGGCUCCAUUCGCCACCUACAGCCUGCUGUCCACCUUCAGUCGAGCGUUCUACUACCGGCAGAACUUUUUUGAGAUCAGCACAUGGCUGCUGUGGAUCUGCUACCUCAAAUCAGCCCUGAAUCCUCUCAUCUACUACUGGAGAAUCAAGAAGUUCCGUGACGCCUGCCUUGACCUGAUGCCCAAGUACUUCAAGUUCCUGCCGCAGCUGCCUGGCCACACUAAGAGACGUAUCCGCCCCAGUGCUGUUUAUGUGUGUGGGGAGCAUCGUUCUGUGGUGUAGUGGAGGACAUUUCUGAAGCCUCUUUUGUAUUUCUUAUGGUACAAUCUUAUCAAGCUGUGAUAUUUUUGGUUUUUCUUCAAACUGCAGGAUGUUUUAGCUGUAAAAGAUGGUACAGAUGAGAUGGUUUACAGAGCCUGUACAUUAAACUACCUUAAUUGCACAAUGUUUUUUUUUUUAAUAGGAUUUAGAUCUUAAUAAAAGUUUGUUCAGUACAUAUCAAGUCAGGUGCUGCUAUAUUUGGUGAAAAUGUGCAAUCUUCUGUUUUAUGCCAUGAAUGUAAUACGAUUUUGUGUGCUGUAUUUGUUUUUUUUUUUUUUCCUGGCUUUGUGAACUGUUUUACAUUUCAGCAUUUUAUAUUAAUUUUAUUGUUGAUUGUUCAGCUAUUCUGGUUUUAAUUAUUUUCUGUUUUGAAAUAAGGGAAAGGCAUUUGACAAAGUAUUUUCUGAACUAAGAUGUUGUUGACUUUGUGGAAAUACAUGAUUUUUAAUGUGAAUUUUAAAAGUGUGGUUUCCAUGUCUGGAAGAGAAUAAAUUCAUGGAAAUGGAUCAAAUCAA